AGCCUGGCCCAAGCGCGUCGAGCUGUGCAGCGGUGGCGGACACCUGCUGGCUAUCGCUGACACCGUUGGAGGCAGCCUCCUCCUUGAUGUGCAGGCGGUGUGCAGCAGCUUUGGGGAGCGUUUCUGCGGUUGCCGAGGCGAUAGCUUUCUAUGCAGGCUGCGGCCACAGCACCCAGCGCCGAGCUCUGGCGAUGGGUGCAGGCCAGCCCUGCAGUGCACCUGGUCAGCCGGCGCCUUCCCAGCAUCGCUGCGCCCUCGUGCCCGAAUGGCCUGGUGCUGCACGACGCAGUGCUCGCGAGGAGCUACCUGCGUGGCCGCUCGGAGGAGGCCGCCUUCCUGGAGGACGCGGCCCUUGCUCGGCACCUGCGCCGCGGGCUGAGCUUCGUGGAGCCCCUGGGCGCAGCCGCGGGCGCCAGCGCCGCGUGGAGCGGCGACGGUGCGACGCUCGUCCGCCGUGGCCUGCCGAAGUUCUUCGACCUGGACACCGACGCCCUGGGCGCGGCACUGCGGGCCUCCCCGCGGCCAGCGCCCGCGCCAGAGCCUGGCGGCGGCGCCGCGGCCUCCAGCGGCGGGCUGCGCGGCCGCGGCGCCCCGGCGGCGGCGCUGGCGGAGCGGCUGCUGCAGAGCUCGCGCACGGGGCGGGGCACGCGUGUCCUGAAGCUUAGCAAGGCCAACGGCGAGAACGCCCAGUCCUUCUUCGCGCCGGCACAGCAGUGGGUGCUCUGCUCCAAGAAUGUCGCGCUCCUGGCUGGUGUCCGGGCGGACAUCUCGUCGCCACAGUGGUCGGAGCACCGGUACCGCUUCGCCCGCACCGUCGCAGAGCUGUGGUUCGACCAGCUCGACCCUCUCGCAGAGGAGAGGAGGAGCUCGCUCAGAGAGGCCCUCUCGUCGCGGACGCUGGUGGGCGAACUGGUCGGCGGCAGUGCGCACUUGGUGGACUACGCGGGUCUGCGGACGAUCAUCUGGUUCGCUAUUGUCCCGCAUCAUGGCGACGAGGCCUGCUGGCCUCCGAGCAGGAGUCUGGCUUUCCUUGGGGAGAGUGGGCUGCCAGUGGUGUCGAUGGAGCUGGCAGGGCCCUCGGCCAGCUGCCCUGGUGAGGCCCUGGAGACCCUCUGUCGCAUGGCCAGGGCAACCGCCGCGGGCUCGGUCAAGGAGGACGGGGAGGGCUAUGUGGUCUACGUCGUCGCGGAGGGAGAGUCGACGUCGGACGGGUCGGGUCGAGCUGCCUCGGAGGCGGAGGUCAUCUGGAUCGGCAAGCUGAAGACGAUCGAGUACCGUCUUCUGCGGAAACUUCGUGAGAAGGCGAAGCGCUUCGCACGGGGCGGCGGCUCCAUCACGGUGGACCGAGUAGUCUCCGAGUACGCCGCAGAGGUGCGUGGCUGGGCCCUGGACGAGCAGCAGGCGGAGGCGCACCGACUGAGGCUGGGGCGCCUGUGCCGCUACAUCUUCGCCGAGGACUUGCCUCCAGACGUGGUAGACGAGACGUUCCUGGACACGCUGGCGAGUGCCGAUCAACACGAGGGCGUGGAGGAGCCCAGGCCGGUUGCCCCUGCGCUUUGCAUCCUGUCGCCGCCGCUGCUGGUGGGGCAGGAGCUGCUGGGGCGGCUGCGCGGGAUGCUCCGCGGCGGACACGCCGAGCCCGGGGGCGAGGAUCUCUGCCCCGACACCGUGGCGGCAACCGGCGGAGCGUCUGCCGCGUGGCACCGCGCCGCGGCAGGGCACCUGCCGAUCUACCUGGGCGCGGUGCCCUCCGCGGUCGAGCAGUGCUGCAGCCUGGGGCCGACGGAUGACCCGCCAGGGGCGCCCGCAGGCAAGCGGCGCAAGGUGGCCGCGGGGGAGAGGCAGGCGCUCAGCGCGUGCCGGGCGGCGGAGCAGCUGAGGGACAGGUGCCUCUUCGUGCUGUGGGGCUGGUCGGAGCAGGGCUGCGGGCGCAGCCUGGAGCUCGCCUCGGGGCCGGCGGCGGGCGGCGCUGGCUCCCAUGGCGGCGGCCUCGUGGGCGAGGGCGCGCGCUUUCGGCGGCAGCGCUCGCCGGCCCGGCGAGCGCUGCUCGCGAAAUGGCGGGCUCACUCUGGGCGCCUUCUGGCGGCGCUGCCGCGCCCCUCGGCGCUGUGGCUCCCUCAAGCGCCCGCGCUCGAUGAUCGCCGCGCCCUGUCGACGAUAGCCGAGAGCUACCGGGCGCUGCAGGCCGUGGCGACCGAGGGGCCUCGUGCCGUCGUGGUCGCCGCGCUGCCCGUCGGCCUGCCCGGCAUGGGCAAGAGCUCGCUAAUGUCGCGGCUGCACCGGCUGUGCGGGAGCUCCGCGCGGGUGCUGUUCCAGCAGGGCCUCAGGGCGACGGCGGGCCUCAGGGACGCGCCCGCUGCCACGGUGCAGAUUCCUCGGCUUGCGGCCGUCUCCCUGCUCUCCAGCGACGGGUUCACGGCGGCGGAGAUGAGAGCCUGCGGGGUCUCCCCCGAGAGCUGCACGCCCGAGGAGCUGAACUCCUGCCGCCGCCGGGGCGCGGAGCGGUACCGAGCCAGCAUCGAGGAGUUCUUGCGCUUCGCCAAGGACGACAGCACCGCUCUUGCCGAGGCGGGCGAGAGACCCAGCGUGCCACCCGUUUACCUGCUGCUGCUCGACAAGAACUACCCGCCAGCAGCCCUGCGCCGUGAGGUGGAGGUGCUGUCUGGCCUGGCUCCCCCAGGCCUGGCGCUGCGGCUGCGGGGGCUCCUGCUGGGGGCCGAACCGCGCUGCGUCCCGUCCGCGGAGGACCCACUUGUUCUCGAGGAGGAGCGGGAGUUCGGCCCCUGGCAGUACCCAUGGGGCUUGGAUGAAGUGGUCGAGUGCGCGGCCCGGCUGAUGCUGAGGUCAGGGCACGACACCCUGGAGGGCGGCGAGACCGCCCUGUUCGUCCUGCUGAGCUUCCUGCAGCUCCACAAAGGGCGCCAGGUGGCGGGCGAGACGCCUGGUGUGGACUUCGUCGGCGUCCCCUUCCUGUCCGCGGCCGGACAGCUCGCUUCCUGGGCCGACGCGUCCGGCGGGUCACCAGAGGCCCCGUGGCGGCGGCUGGAGGUGCGCGCGCUCGCGCGCGAGGCCCUUCGCGUCCUGCGCCCCUUCGGGGACCCUGGCCCGCCGGGCCCCGCGCUGGCUGCCUUGAGGAAGUGUCUGUCGUCCUCUGGCCUGCGCUGUCCGCCGGAGCUGGACAGGAGGGUGCACGCGCAGCGCUGCGCGGAGGACGCUGCGCGUGCGCUGCUGGCGGCGCCGCAGGAGAAGGGGGCCUCGGCCGAGGCGCCCCUUCCUGUUCGGUACGUUGCCCUGUCCGUUCAUGCCCAGCGGGAGGAGCUGCAGUCCCUGUUGCGGAGGGCCUCCGCCGCCAUGGCGGCCUCGGCGGGCGCCGGGAGGCUGGACGAGCCCUUCCCGCCGCAGCUCUACAGGCGGCCGGCCUUCCUGCACGUGACCACCCUGUACCUCGGCGGGGUGGUGCCCUCCGAGGCUGAGCGGCGGCUGCUGUCCGCCUCGCGCAGGCUGCUCCGGGAGGCCGCCGCCUUCGACUGCGCCGUGACGCACCUCGUGUGCGCGCGGGGGGCCCUCGCCUGCGCGGUCGUCGACGCAGAUCGGCUCCGGGCCUCGGGCGUGCCGCUGGGCGAAGCUGCGCGGCCGCACGUCACGCUGUGCACGAGGGCGCCCUGGCAGCCAAGGCACUCGGGCGACGUGCUCGCCGCGGUGGCCGCCGCCUCGCUGGGCGCGGGCGGGGCGUCGGCGGGGCAGGAGGAGGCUGCAGGGGGCAGGUGGCUGAAGGCGCUGCGCGUCGGCUCCGGGCUGCUGGAUGUCUUCGUCUUCCGGCUCCCCGAGGCGAGGGUGCUGCGCCAGAGCCCCCUGAGGCUCCUGUGACCGCGGCGCUGGCUGGUGGGCGGCGCCCCGCCCCCCCUGUGGGGCUCGCUUGCGCUGUUGGGGCAAGUCAAAGAGUCGGGUGCUGCCAGAAGCACCCCUGGCCUUCGGUGGCCUGUCAUGUGAGCCUGGUAUACCCUCUUAAAUGCGCCUUCAGCGUCGAUUCGCGUCGAUUAGCGUCGGGG